UCAGGACAGAGACAUUAUAGUUUGAUCGAAAUCAGCGGAAGAAGCUAGUGAGAAAGCAAAUCUGAAAUGUUAAAGAUGGCUGACGUCAGAGCGCUCAUCUUCUGCUGUGUCGCAUUGACUACACUUGACCUUUCAUCCAGUUUUGAAAUACCCAACUUUAACCUGUCCGAUCUCCCUCACUUACCCGGCUUAGGUUCUGAUCUAGAAUUACCCCACUUAAACCGAUCAGAAUUCGGAUUUCCUCAUUUGCCCUUCUUUGGAUCUGGUUUCAAUUUGCCAAGUUUUCCUUCAUUCUUUGGUGUUGGUAGAAAACGGAGAGACACCGACUUCCAGUUUCCCCAUCUAAAUAUGUCAGGUUUUGGGUUGCCCAACUUUUGGUCUAGUUUCCCUCAGUUGCCCAGUUUUCCCUCACUCUUGGAAAGCGACCGAACUCGAAGAGAUACUGAAGCAACGGCUGACAAUCAAGAAGAAAAUCAUCAAGACAGAUUUUUCUUCUCUAGGUUUCCUACCAUAACGAGUUGCAAUACGACUUCACAGGGCGGGCGCUCCUGCCUAAACUGCAGACAAGCGCUGAACUGUUUGGCCAAUAACCUGGGUCUGCUGACCACGUGCCGUGGCCUCUUGCAGUACUGCGACCAGGGCCGGUGCGUGUACAACCGACCUUCCAACUGCACUAGUUAAAAGUUAGGACUCGAAGAUGUGAUACUGUGUUUGUAUUACAAAUAUCAUUAAUUAGAAAAAAAAAAGUUUGCCAUCAAGAUUAUUGUUAUGCCGACAAUAACUAACUCCCCUCUGAAUAUCAGCGAAAGUGUUAAUAAUAAAUAUAAACAAUGCUUCAAU